GAACAGGUGCGGGGACGGUCCGGCGGAAAGCAAGGCGUCAGCCAUAGUCUUCAUGCUGGUUAUUCUGCUUACGUCCGUUACGCUUGGAAAUGUUAUUUCUAAAUAUAAAUUCCCGUACCUACCGGAGUCUGGGAUGUUCGUUAUUGUGGGAGUCGCGUCUGGCUUCAUCGCCUAUAAAGUAUUCGGUGUGGAGGAGAGGAGUAUCGACGAGGAUACAUUCUUCCUGUAUUUGUUGCCGCCGAUUAUCUUCCAGUCAUCGGCCUUUGCCCCGUCCAAGACGUUGCUCUUCUCUAACCUGCCAUCCAUCAUCGUAUUAGCCGUUAUCGGAACUGUCAUGUGCAUGCUGAUCAUUGGAGCGUUGGUGUUCGUGUCUGGCCUGCUUCCUGCUACUGAAAGUCUACUGUGGGGGUCCCUCAUCUCGGCCGUGGAUCCCAUAGCCGUGCUGGCCGUGUUUUCCAAUUACGGUAUCGACCCGCAGCUGAGCUGCAUUGUGUUUGGCGAGAGCAUGGCCAAUGAUGGAGUGGCUGUGGUGCUAUUCCAGGCCUCCAAAGACUUCCUGAAUCUUGAACUGAGCGGGGAGGUUUUUAACUUGAUGGUGAGCAAGUUUUUCAAGGUUUUCUUUGGCUCUACCCUCAUUGGCCUUGCCUCCGGCCUGCUGAUAGCCUUCAUCACUCGUCACGUAACUUUCCACUAUGGUGGAGCUCAGGCCGAGAUGGUGGCGAUCACAUGCUUGUCGUUUAUCCCAUACUAUGUGUGUCAAGCACUGGAGUGGAGUGGCAUCGUCGGGUUGAUGUUUGAGGCCCUGGUGUUCCAGCUGUACACAUGGCACAAUAUCUCUCUGGAAUCUAAGCAGCACCUCGAAUUCACGUUUGAGGUCCUCGCCUCAUCGAUGGAGACCGCCAUCUUCGUCUACCUUGGAUUUUCCAUGUAUAUGGACACGCCCUUUUAUACCUGGACCGCCAAAGCGGUGUCGGUCGCCAUCUCUGCGUGUGUGUUCUCCCGUUUCGUCAUGACCUUCACUCUCAUUCCUCUGGCAAAUAUGUUCCGAAUUGAGAAGGUGGAGUUGAAAAACCAGCUAAUGUUCUGGUACUCGGGGUUACGAGGUGCUAUUGGUUUUGCUCUGGUGACGAACAUACCUAGGUACGAUCCCAUUUCCGAGAAGGGCACCAAGUACGCCGACGAGCUCAACAUGCUCACGUCGUCCGUGAUCAUUUUCACCAUUUUCGUGCAGGGCGGGCUGGUACUGCCUGUCAUGCAAUACCUGGACAUCAAUAUGACGGGGGCGUAUGCCGAACCGGAGGAAGAGAAGACAGCUGAUGAGUCGGACGAGUACGAAUACGAAGACACUGCAGGUUUCGGUGCUGUGCACCGCUUCUUCAACAACAAAAUACAUCUCAAGUAUUUGAAGCCGUUUCUGGUGCGAUCUUUGCCCGUGGAGGUUGAGAUUGAAGAUCAGUACUUCACGGGAUACGCCAAGCCAGAGCGCAAGUUGUCACAGGCGACGUUCAAUCUCGUGUCCAAUUUCGAGGAAAAAAAGAGCAUACGCCGACAGUCACUGACUCACACGCGUGUCAGGAGCUAUGGCACCAAUGGCACGCGGAGCCCCGCAAUCAGCCCAGUGAGUGCCCGAAGGCAGAAGAGUGGCAGUUUGGAUUCGCGUCCAAGAAGAGGUUCGAGAGGUAGCCCUUUCAAUUAGUAUCCCAAAGGCAAUAACUCGUUGAACUAACGAAUAGAAUUGAACUCGUUCUUUUCAAAUGUCGUACUAUAGCGGGCCGGUCGGCAGAAAAGUGGCAGCUUAGGUGCGCGUCUA